AUGUCGAACCCAAAUGACGAAGAUCUGCCCUACUGGGGCACUUGCGCCUCUGAUCCCAGCUUUGUCUACGAAAAGCCGAGUCCUUUGAGAAUUGUGAAAGCUAACGAGAACAUGUAUAAGCGGCAUACGGCAAAUCAAUCUAACCAAGAUAGCUCUAAACACAGGCGGUCAAUUCAAGGGGACGGGUCUCUUACAGUCGCCAAGAGGCGCAAGAUCAACCCAGGACAAGCAGAUGCAGACAAAGAAAACUCAAGAUGGCCACAUGAUGACCCGGAGUUACCGCUGGCGCCUCAUGCAACAAGCCGAGAAGAGGAGUCACCACUAUUCAGAAGAAGUCCACCUGUGGCACUGACCGAGUCCUUCAAGACACUGCCUUGGCCGAGGCUAGAACGUUGGUCAACACCACAGAUUACCAUCACACCCGAGGCCACCGCCAUCGAAGAAGGUUGCCAUAGAUUUUGGGUGGCUAUCGAGGUCUCAGUCAGACGUUGGUCUGAAAGUGCGAUGAAAUGUCAACCAGGGGCCUGUCAGGAGCGGCCAGCUCUGUUCACGGAUCUUGCUGGCUUGACGCAACGUGACCAAGAGACAGGGGAUAUUGACGAUGAUGGUGGUCUCAAUGAUUUGGACGUCCAAAUUCUGCCAACGGAAGAAUCCUCGGUUAUUCGCAUUCUUCAGGAACAGCCCUUUCCUAUUCACCGCUUGGACCCCGGAUCAAGCAUCUUUCUUCUAGCUCAAGUGCAGGUCCGUGUCUCAAAGGGUAUGCGGCGAUGCAGACAGAAGUCUUCACGGUUAGAAUCGGACGACCUGAUAGAAGCGCUUAAGGAGGAGUUGGGUGAUUCUACAGUGAGCUACAUGACCGUGCGGCUGUCAUAUCGAAAUUCGGCGUUUCCCAUGUGUCAAGAUAUGGGAAUUGUGGAGGACGACAUGUUCAGCAUGCACAGCAAGAUUGAGACGGUAGCCACAGCCUCCGUGAAACUCCACAAUGCCAUGUCGCUUUGGUCUCCUCCUCCGGUUUCAAGAUCCAACCCACUAUUGCCACUGGUAGAGAGACACUGGGGGGCCACGAACGCCAGGAAGGUAAUGGCACAAGUUGCUGCAGCAAAAUACGGCUCCAAGGAUUCAGAGCAAACGUACUGUUUGCAACAGAAGCAUUCAGAAAAAACUGGUUAUAGCACACAUGUCAAGCCCGCUUGGAAUCAUAGCCCUACGCCUCGGAUUCCUCUCAGAAAGGCAAGCCUUCAACGAGGCUGUACCGAGGGCGAUCUCGAUGAUAGAGAAACGCACUCUCAAUCUCAUCAGAGAUUGAGACAAGGGUCAUCCAGAUGUGGUAGCUAUGCAUCAAGCUACUUGUCGAGGCAGAGUCGUGAAGGUCUGCCAGGGCCGAGAAGCAUUACGGGCGCGGGGGUGAACAAUUCGGCCCAUACACGACCGAAAGAAGAACACACCCGAGAUGGAAGUGAUAUUCCUGCUACCCGAAACCGAAGAACCUUUUCUGGCAAAUCUGACAGCAGCACGUUGUGGAAGAGGCGGUCACUCGGCGCUGACACCCUCAGGGGCUUAUUCCCUUUGAUGGCGGGUUUGUCCAUAACGACAAGGGAGCGGGAAGUGGAGGAGCCCCGAGCAGCAUCGCCAGCACGUAGCAGAGGCAAAAAGGAUGCGAGCAGAUGGGGAUGGGCGGCAUGGUUCUAG